AUGGCUUUUAAAAGCUGUACCGCUCCGCGCGUUGCUACCCACGAGGAGUGCGAGAACAAAGCCUCCCAUGUUACGAUUUGCCUCAAAUUGUCCAAACUCUGUGACCGCGGCGACAUACUAGCUCCAUUAAAAAGACGCGGUAUCAACAUGUACGAUAUGAGGAUCACAACUAAGGACGGAAGCACAGGCCAAGUUGAAGAUCCGAGGUUGGAUCGUUUUCUCAACCGGUGUGAAGUGCAGAGGAAACUUGGUGUUAACAAGAAAUUCACCUCCUGCACAGACGAUGUCUCCAUUAUAGGGGACUUUGGGAUGGAUUUUAUUCUUCCCUCUGAUAAGCUUUUGCCUGAUUUACUUGAUGCUGAAAUCGAGAUUCUCCUCUAUGAUGGGGAUCAAGAUUACGUCUGUAACUGGAUCGGCUACGAACAAGUAGCAGAUGCGUUGGAUUGGCCCGGUCGGAAUGCAUUCCGCAACGCUCGUCGCUAUGAAUAUAAGGGUAUUGAUGGUAUAUCAGUUGGUCAACUCCGCAGCAUCAGAUGGAAGGAGAAAGGAAUGUUUGGUUUCUUGCAAGGCAUUUACUUGGCAUCAGCUGAUGCAGACGGCGUCGUGAAGGUUUGGGACUUGCGUAUGGUUGCUGAGGUCCUGCAAAUAGACACUGGGAAUAUGCCGGCCAACGAAGCUGAUUGGGACAUUAGUGGAAAGGUCAUCGCUGUUGCCUCGAUGGAUUCAUCGGUGAAGUUGUUCGACGUGUGGGAGAAGAAGUUCCUGAGGACCUUAGAAGGCCAUGAGGACUCGGCAGGAAGCGCCGUCCGCGGCAUUCUCGCUUGGGAGUGCUGCUGUGGUGACUCAGGUUCAGUCGGUGUCACUUGA